AUGACUAUCCACUACUUGGAGGGCAAGGACUCCAGCCUCUUUCGGCCCCUGACUAUUUCCAAUGGCCACCUUACCCUGGCACAUCGAGUCGUUCAUGCACCAUUGACCCGAAACCGUGGAGAGCCCCUACAUUCUGACACCCCAGAAACCCCGAAUCGAAUUUGGGUCCCUGGCGAUGCGGUGGUGGAAUACUAUUCGCAACGUGCGACCCAAGGUGGCUUGAUCAUCUCAGAGGGAAUCCCACCUUCUCUGGAGAGCAAUGGCAUGCCCGGAGUUCCCGGCCUGUUUAUCCCCGAACAAGCCCAAGGCUGGAAACGCGUCGUGGACGCCGUCCAUGCAAAGGGAGGCAUUAUCUUCUGUCAACUAUGGCAUGCUGGCCGUGCGACCAUCCCGCAGAUGACGGGGUCGCCUGCGGUCUGCCCGUCCGCCAGCGUGUGGGAUGCACCCGCGGAAUGCUACUCUCAUCCACCCGCGGGCUCCACCGAGCCCGUUCCCUACGCCAAUCAUCCGCCUAUCGAAAUGACAGUGGAUCACAUCAAGCAGACUAUCGGUGAUUAUUGCGCCGCGGCCAAGCUGGCAAUGCAAAUUGGCUUCGAUGGUGUUGAGAUCCAUGCUGGUAACGGCUAUUUGCCAGAGCAGUUUCUGAGCUCCAAUAUCAAUAAACGCCAGGAUGUUUACGGGGGUACCCCGGAAAAGCGAUGUCAGUUUGUCUUUGAGCUCAUGGCCGAGGUGGCGGAGACUAUUGGCGAGCAUAACGUGUCUAUUAGACUGUCGCCAUUUGGAAUGUUUAACCAGGCUCGUGGGGAGCAGCGGGUUGAGACUUGGACUCAUCUCUGCGAGGGUCUGAAAAGCAGUCUUCCGUCGCUGUCAUAUGUCAGCUUCAUUGAGCCGCGCUAUGAGCAAAUCUUCGGGUACGAAGAGAAAGAUAAGUUUCUGGAGAGCUGGGGUCUGCUAGACGUGACUCUGGACCGGUUCCGCAAGAUCUUUGGCUCCACCCCAUUCUUCUCUGCCGGUGGCUGGGACGAUCAGAACUCCUGGGGAGUGAUCGAAUCCGGUAAAUACGAUGCUCUUCUCUAUGGCCGCUAUUUCACCAGUAACCCGGAUCUGGUGCGUCGGCUGAAGGAGAAGAUCCCAAUGGCCCCAUAUGAUCGCACCCGCUUCUAUGGGCCCUUUGAGGACAAGACUUUCCAUUACACGGACUACCCUACUGUUGAGGAGAGCUAG